AGAUGUCAGGGUGCUGAUUGACUUCUUCUGCAAUAUUAUUCUAAAGUAUUACCACCAUGAACAGGAAUACAGACUCCUUGUAUGCAAGGGGGAAAAGUGUGUCAGAAGAGGCCCUUCAUUCCAAAACUGAAGAAGAUCAUAUUUUCCAAGAGAUUGAACCAUGCCCAGUAAGGAGACUUUCUUGCCGAGCCAUCCAUCUUCCUCCUCUGGCCUUCAGACUUGCAGAACAAACAGAAUUGGAGAGGAAAUUUGAUUCAGAGAAUCCACAAAGGCCAAUCUCCUUAGCACUCAGGAUCCCCCCACUAAUUGCAAUCACAGCUGCGGAGAACACCAGGUAGGAUUGUGUUUCCAUUUCAGAAACCUGCAGCUGAUCUCUAAAGCAAGGGUAGCUAAUCAUAAUAUAGAAUCAGCCUUUAUACUGCACUAGCUGGAACUAAC